UGAAAGUGUGCAACUUGUUUUCUUAGAAAACAAAAUCGUUCUGCUUUCUUUGUAGUCUCAAACCACUCUUCUUUCAACAUUUAGAUUAUAUAUAGAAUCAACCAACUACCAGCCUGCACGUUUCUCUCUGAGUUGCAAAAUCAGAACACAUGACAAAGUCACACACAAGCUAUUCAAGUCGUCCACCACCACCACCGUCUAAGCUUGGAAUUGGAACGAGUUCGCACUUGAUUUCAAAGUUCAAGCCAAAGAUCAGGAUAAUCCACGUAUAUGCUCCAGAGAUUAUCAAAACUGAUGUCGCAAAUUUCAGAGAGCUUGUUCAGAGGCUCACUGGUAAACCAGAAGAUGAAGGAGAGAGAGGUGGUAGGAGAAGAGCAAAGACAAAGACGACCCCACCAACCAGAUUAGAUCAAACGGGUUCUCAAAUCAAGCAGAGGAUGAUUAUGGAAGAACAACAAGGAGAGUUUAUGAGUCUGCAAAAUGGGUUAAGGAUCAAGAAAGAAGAAGAAAAUGAUGAUCAAAGUCAGAUGUGGGGAAGGUCAAGGUCAAAUGGAAAACUCAGUGGUGGUUUCCUUGAAGGUUUCUCAGAAUUAGACUGUUUCAUGGAAGAGCUUAGUACUAUGCCUGUAGUGUAAUUUAAUCUGAUUCCUUAAUUUCUGCUUCUAUCUCGUUAUUUUUGUCCGCCUCUGUGGUUGUGUGUGUGACUGUGAGUAUAUAUGUCUCUGAGUAUAUAUGGCCAUAUAUAACCAAUGUAAUUCUGAUGCAGUGCAACAGUCUAGUGUGCGUGCAGACACACAGAAACACAUCUAGAAUCCUUGCUUUAUUACUCUGUUGAAUGUAGUUGACUUCAUCUUUUUUGAAGGCUUAACCUUCCCAGAAACCAGAUCAGACCUCUACAACAUUUGACAUUCGAGCCAUUAUUAUCUGUAGCAACUUAAUUAUCAUAAUAGAGAUGCUGCUAAUACAGUUGUUUA